AUGCCACCGGCGGAACUGCUCAACGGAGGCGAUCUGGAUCAGAUAUCUAUUUUUCAAAGUUGUCGAGACGAUGAUGACGUUUUUCAGGUCUCCGUUGCUGGAAGGCAAAACGUCGACGGCUUUGAAGGUUGCAUCGGUGAAGUUGAUGUAGGACGGUUUAUUGUUUGUUUUGGUUUUGGCUUGGAGUUCCUCCAUCAAUUCGACGCUGUAGAUGGCCAGCUGAUUGCCGAUCAGCACUCCCUGGUCAGACGAGCAGUGUCGUGUCGAUCUUGGUCAGGGUCUUUGGAUUUCAGGUUGAACGAGCGCAGAAACAUCGGCGACUUAACCCCCACCGGGGAGUUUGCCACAAUUGCCUGUGUACUCUUGCGGAUCAUGCCUUUGAACGAGUCCAAUGGGGUGCUGAUCCACUGCGGCUCUAUGGGGCCAAACCUGACCAAAAGCGGCGAAUCCAUCGAGAUCUCGUCGCACUCGUGCGAAACGGACUUGCUGAUUGACAUCUCGGUGCUCGACCUUGACAUGGUGUACUUGUGGAGCGUUUCUGUGUCUGUGGUGUUUGUGGUGUCUAUGCUGCGGCUCGAGACCAGUUCUGUGCUGAACCGGCGUCUUUUGCGCACCGUGUGCCACACGUACGCGGCAAUCAGCAGAAAUACGAUCCCGGCUAGCGGAAGUGUCAGUCCCAGCACUAAGGGCAGCUGUGACGCGGUCUGUUUCGCCUUAGUUUGCCGACUGACAGUGGCUACCGAGUUGGCAUACUGGGUCAUUGUGGCCGUUAUUGUUGUGGUAAUGGUGGUGAUAUCGUCGUCCGCCACCAUGCUGAACUCAGUGAGCGUGAAAGACAUGCUUUAUUCAGCGAACACACUAAACUAUUUAUACCUUUACAUCUGUCUAAUAAUUGUUUGA